AAAAAACUUGGGCUCAGAAAUGAAGUCAUACAACUGAUAAAUGUCAGGUGGGAUUUAAACCCAUAUGUUUCCUGACUCUUGUUUUCAAAACUGUUCCCACUAUAGUAUACCUCUUCAAACAAAAGCCUUUACCUUCAAGAUUAUGCAAUUAACUUUCACUUUGUUUAUAAAUUUUGACAUGCUCAAUAAACCCUACUCCCAAGUUCAUUAAAACUUAUUACCCCACUCAUGGUAAAUGCAUGAGUUCUCUACAAUUUUACACAUAAAGAAAAUAAUGAAAUGAGGUUUCACUGUCAUCAGUAAAACUUAAGGUAAUAAAAUCAGCUCUCAGGAGUCGAUUGAACAUUUCCCGUACUUUCUGGUAAUCACAGAAUGUUAGAAUUAGAAGAGAACUCAGCAGCCAUCUUGCCCAACCCCUACAUGAAACUAUGGCACACUUGGUGGUUUACCUAACUCUAAUAGAAGACUACAGAGAGAGUGACUUUUGGAUUGUCUCUGUCAUCAAUUGGAAACAGGCCUAGCCUCAGAAAGGCCCAAAUCUGAACCUAAACUGACCCUGUCCCUCAACCUCUCAGUUCUUUGACAACUCUUUCCUUUGUAAAGAAGGUGCUGGCUUGAAUUAGUAGGAGAAGUUUGCUCACCUGAGAGUUCUCUACACCACAUGAACCCUCUCCCUUUGCGCCAUGUUUAUUGUAGGCUCAACUGGCCAAAAAAAGCUUUUUAUGCCAAAAGAUUACUGUCUGGAGGGGAGAGGGGACAGGACACCCCAAAAAUAAAUGCUUAGAAACUGAAAGUCAAUUUAGCUCCUCUUGACAUCUUUAGAUUGCUUACUUUCUAGUAUAGAUCUCAGGGCCAGAUGCAAUUUGAGUUUAUAAUAAUUUGAAUUUUAAUAGUGCUUAAUUACAUUUCUGAUAGAUUUAGAGCUACAAGGAAUUUUAGGUGACCUAUAGUCUAGUUCUCCUAUUUUACAAGUAAAAAAAAAAUAAAAAAAAAAAAAGAAAUGCCUUCAAAUGAUUUUAUACAGAAAUGCUCACUAUAAAGCUAAUAAAAUUAUUUUGAUUACUGUUCAUUUUUAAAGGAAGUAAUCAGGAACUGUAUUUAAAGUUUAUGUACUGUCAUUUUGGUCAACAUCACUCUAUUUCUAAUAGGCAAUUGAAGAUGAAGGGGGAAAUCCUGAUGAAAUUGAAAUUACAUCCGAAGGAAGCAAGAAAACAACUCCAAAGAGACCCAGCAACAAAGAUGGCCGACAAGGAGAGUGUAAACAAUUUAGAUACUUCAUCAUCUGACUUCACUGUGGUGCAGGAGAUUGAAGAUCCAUCCUUGGAGCCAGAAAAUGAGAAAAUACUCGACAUUUUGGGGGAAACUUGUAAGUCUGACCCACUAAAAGAAGAAGGUUCCGACCUGGAGCAGCCAUUUUCACAGGAUGCAAGUAGCGUGGGGCCAAACAAAAAGCUUGCAGAGGAAGAGGACAAUUUUGACACCGCUCAUCCAGAGGAGGAUGCAUUAGAUGUGGACAGCGAGUCAACACAAGCUAUUGCCAAGAAGGCAGAAAAGCACUUAGACAUAGUGAAAAGGGAGAAAAGCGAGCAGAAAGUAGACGAAGAGAAAAUGGACUCUGACACUGUAGUGGUAGAGAAUCUAAAUGAUCAGAGUAGCAAAGCAUCAGAAAAUGCGGAAGCUUCUAGCGAGGAAGCCCAGGAAACACCAGAGAAAGCCUCAAGCCCCGAAACCAAAGAUAGCAAAGAAGACAUUAAGAAAAGUGAAGAUGAAGCUUAUAAUGAAGACUCAUCUGCUACUAAAGAGUCCUCUACCAAUGAGGGCGGUGAUCAGAAAAUGAGCUCUGUUGAAGAGGAUUCAGAUACCAAAAGAGUGUCCAAAGAUGAAAAAGGUCAUACCACUAGCAGUUGUGGUAGAAACUUUUGGGUUAGUGGACUUUCUUCUACUACCAGAGCCAUAGAUUUGAAGAAUCUUUUCAGCAAAUAUGGAAAGGUUGUUGGUGCCAAGGUAGUCACUAAUGCUCGAAGUCCUGGGGCUCGAUGUUAUGGUUUUGUCACAAUGUCCACAUCUGAGGAAGCAACCAAAUGUAUUAACCAUCUUCACAAGACGGAACUUCAUGGGAAAAUGAUCUCAGUAGAAAAAACAAAAAAUGAGCCUGCUGGGAAAAAAACUUCAGAUAAAAGAGAAAGUGAUGGAAAGAGAGAGAAAUCAACUAACAGUGACAGAUCUACCAACAUAAAAAGAGAUGAUAAAACAGACAAAAAAGAUGACACUAGAAAAGAAGAUGGAAGCGAUGAGAAGGAUAAAGAUGAACAGAAACCUGGAUCUGAUCGAGCUAGAGCUACUAAGUCAGGAAGUCGAGGUACAGAAAGGACUGUAGUAAUGGACAAAUCCAAAGGAGAACCUGUUAUCAGUGUAAAAACAAGUGGAGGAAAAGAGGGAAUCUCAAAGAGCCAAGAUCGCAAAUCUGCCAGUAGAGAAAAACGGUCUGUUGUGUCAUUUGAUAAGUCUAGAGACCAGCGAAAGAUGAGAGAUUCAGAGUCUCGGAGAGCAUGUGAGUGGAGUGAGAGAGAGGAACGAAUUCAAGCCUUACAGGAGCGAGAAGAAAGAGAACGCCUAGAAAUAGCUCGUGAGAGACUUGCUGUUCAAAGACAGCGUCUAGAAAGAGAACGAAUGGAAAGAGAGCGACUGGAGAGGGAGAGAAUGCAUAUAGAGUAUGAGAGACGCAGAGAACAAGAGCGAAUUCAUAGAGAGAGGGAAGAACUCCGCCGACAGCAGGCACUUCGUUAUGAACAAGGAAGACGACCUGCAAUCAGACGCCCUUAUGAUGUGGAUGGCAGGCGGGAUGAUUCCUAUUGGCCAGAAGGAAAGAGGGCAGCACUAGAUGACAGAUACCAUUCUGAAUUUAGCCGCCAAGAUCGUUUCCAUGAUUUUGACCAUAGAGAUCGUGGCCGGUACCAGGAUCAUUCAGUAGACAGGAGAGAAAGUUCAAGGUCAAUGAUGGGAGACAGAGAUGGACAGCACUAUGCAGAACGCCGUGGAGGACCAGAUCGCCGUGGGCGAGAAUCCCGAGAUGAAUGGAGCAGUUAUGGGUCUGAGAAGAGAAUGAGCAAAGGAAGAGGACUGCCUCCUCCACCCAGGGGACGAGACUGGGGAGACCAUGGUCGAAGGCUAGAUGACCAUCAAGAUCGUUCAUGGCAAGGAAAUGUAGAUGGAGGAAUGAUGAGUCGAGAUCAUGAAAGAUGGCAAGGUGGUGAGAGAAGUAUGUCUGGUCACUCUGGACCAGGCCAUGUGAUGAAUCGAGGAGGGAUGUCGGGGCGUGGCAGCUUUGCAGGUGGAAAUUCCCGGGGCCAUGUGAUGCAGGGUGGUGGAAUGCAAGGUGGAGAAUUUGGAGAACAGGACAGAGGGAACAGACCUAAUGACACCCGCUUUACUCGCCGCUACUGAAUAUUUUUAAACCUAUGUUAAUGUCAUAUAGCAACAGUGAUGCAUUCUGUUUGCCAGGGCUACCUUGAACUGUGUAAUAUUUUUUUUAUCUGCUCCCAUAUUGUAGCUCGAUACAAUGUGAAUUUUAUUUGUUUUGAGGUUUUUUCUUUUGUAAUAAACGUGUUCCUGUUCACACACCA